CUAAACGAGACCGCGACAUUUCUAAACCCUUAAACCCUAAUCCCCUCCUCGCUCCCGCCUCCAUCCCUGCUCACCUGAUUCCCCGACACCAUCGCACCCAGCCGCCAUGGCCUCCUCCUCCAAGCUCCUAGCCCUCACCCUCACCUCCUCCUUCCUCCGCUCCUCCCUCCUGCCCGCCCCGUCCCGCCGCCUCCCCACCGGCCCACUCCUCUCCCUCCGCUUCUGCUCCGCCGCGGGGGAUGUCGCCGACGCUCCUGCCGCCGCCGCAGCACCAGAUCAUCCGUGGCCCGAGUGGGGCGAUUUCCUCGAGAAGCUUCGGGCCAAGGGGUACUUCGAGCAGCCCACCCUCGCGUCUCGCGCUGAUGCUGCGGAGGGGGAGGUGGCUGCGACCGCCGCGGCGGCGGCGGCGGCGGCGGGGGAGGACCCUGGGGCCUCGGCCGACAAUUACCCAUCCAAGGACCUGAACAGGUUGAAGAACGCAUGCCUCAAGUUCGGCCGAGAGCGCUUCGAUCUCCUCAGUGUCCUUCCCAAGCAGGAUAUCCGUGCUAUUGUUGAGUGUGGCUGUCCUAACAUCUUCCGGAAGCCUGUGAAUUCUGCAAAAAGACUCAGAGAGUUUCUUCAGAUUGAUGAAGGAGAUGCCUGUAGUGCUUGCAAAUUACGUGGAUCUUGUGAUAAAGCCUAUGUCAUUCCGAACGCUGAAGACGAAGCUCGUACUGUCGAUGUUAUGCGCAUACUGCUAAAUUAUGCAAUAGAUCCAACCAGCCUUUCAGGAGAAAACUCUGUUAAUGGUGGUGUUCAAGAAUCUGCGAGAAAGCUUCUUUCAGAGCUUACUAUGCUUAGCGACACAACAAUUGAUCCAUCAAUUCCUAAACCUGUAUUCCAAACUUCUAGCAAGACCAAAACUUUUGACAAGGGCAUUGCAAAGCCUAAGUUCUCAGCUGGAAAGGGUAGGGAAACAACUGAAACAGAAAUGAAGAAGGGUGAUUGGCUUUGCCCAAAUUGCAACUUCUUAAAUUUUGCUCGAAAUCGGCACUGCCUUGAAUGCAAAGCAGAUGGACCAAAGAAGAUAGAAACAGCUACCACUGAAAUGAAAACGGGAGACUGGAUCUGUCCACAGUGCCACUUCAUGAACUUUGCACGGAAUAAGAUGUGUUUUAAAUGUGAAGAAUCUCGACCAAAGAGGCAGCUCAUCCCUGGAGAAUGGGAGUGCCCCUCAUGCAGCUUUGUGAACUUUCGACGCAACAAGGUCUGCUUGAAGUGCAAGCAUGAAGGCCCCGAAAAUGAUACCCAUGACAGCCAGCACGGACACAAUAGGUGGAGGAACACGAGAGGGGCUGACAGAAGUAGAAGUUUUGAUGACUCUUUCGAUCGGGAGGACGAUGGCUCUGAUCCAGACGAAGGCGAGCGCAGACGUGCCAAAGUGCGCACUAGGGCAGCAUCAACCCUGGGGAGAUCCACUGGCAAGAGCAAAAUUUUUGACUCGAUUCAUGAGGAUGGUAACGGUAGGGAGGAUGACAGCGAGGAUGUCCUGCCGUACGAAGGGCAGCGCAGGCAUAUUGUGAGCAAAAGGGCGACACCAGCACAGAGGAGAUUCACUGCUGGUAGAAGCGAGGAUAUUUGAUAGUCUGAUAGAUAUAUAUAACUUCGAUAUUUUUCCAUGUAGCGUAUAGUUUCAUUAUGUACUGUGUACUAUUUACUCGAGCACUUUAUGGUUAGACUAGCUUGGUUGUAAUUCAUACUGCUUAGUUCCAAAUAAGUUCAUUUUUUAUCAAUCCCAUAAAUACCACUACAAAACAAAAAAAAAACUAGAAUACUUCUACUUUAUCAAAUCUUAAUGUAAUUAUUUCGGAUUUUGGAGCUGUUCAGAUUGUAGCCAAAAUAAACCUUAUUGAAUUUUGGCAA